AUGGAUUCCCAUUCCCCUCCUCUCAAAACGGCCGACUACAUUAUUGUCGGUGGGGGCACAUCAGGCCUGGUGAUGGCAAAUCUCCUCUCGGAGGACCCCACGGUGUCGAUUUUGGUAUUAGAAAGUGGUCCCAACCGAGCAAAAGAUUCUUAUAUCACAGACCUUAUGGCCUGGCUAAAACAUCCGGCCGGACAUGUCCUGGGCGGUUCAUCAGCUAUUAAUAGCCUGGUAUUUGUCCCUCCAUCCGCUGCAGGACUAAAUACCUGGGAACAGAUGGGAAAUCCCGGUUGGAAUUGGCAGACUUUUAACCAGAAGUAUGCUUAUACCAGUAAACUGGUUCUCGAAAGGCCGACCGUUGGUACUAGACCGUACACCGCAACUAUCAAUCCUAAUUGCGCUCAGCGAAGCAGCGCAGAUGUUACGUAUAGCGCAGUAGCAGCGCAACACCCGAAUCUAACUAUUCUGACGGCGGCAACAGUCCAUCGUAUUAUGUUUAACUCGCCAGCUGUCGGGGACCGGUACCGAGCAGCCUGGAUCUUAGUUGAAAUUACUGAUAACCCAGAUCUGAAGCUUGUUCGGACGAAUCGAAAGAUAGUACUUGCAGCGGGAGUCUUCCAGACCCCCAAACUACUGGAACUCAAUCGGGGCGUGGGAGCCAAUAUGCAGAACCAUCUAAUAGCAAUAAUUCCCUGUCUACUAUCCCGCAUUUCUGAAAUAGAAGAUCUGAACCCAGGAUUUCAAGCCCUCGCCUUUAUACGACUCAACAACCAGAAGGAUCUGCGUCUUCUGGACCAGUUCCUAUCGUCCGAGAGAUCAGCAACUUCGGGGCGCACGCAGGCCAUUGAGUUAAUUCUAGCUAAUCUAGAUAAAGCUUCAGCCUGCAUAUUCCUGAGUACAAUACCUGGGCCAGUGGCAUUGUUCGGUCUAAUCCCGUGUUUUCUUCUGUCUCAGGCGGUACAGUACCUUUCUAUUACUCCUUCCUUACACAAGUUCUUCGACCGUGGUCUGGCUCCCACUGAGGCCAGUUUGGAGAUUACUAAAGCCGCAGUACGGAAGAAGGCACUCACAACACACCAUACCUGCGGAUCUGUCGCUAUACUACCGCUCGAAAAGAAGAAAGUAGUCUAUUCUACACUAACUGUGUACGGUACUACAAAUCUUCGGGUGGUAGAUGCCAGUAUCUUCCCUCUGAUGCCCCAUGCGAACCCGAUGGCAACAGUAUACGCGGUGGCGGAGAGAGCCGCAGACAUCCUCAAGAGCUUGUAG